GACCGCCUCUUCCUGGGCGCUGACCUCACGAGUGCUCCUGCGCCUGCUCGCGGUGGAGACAUAGGCUUCGUUCCCGCCAGAUUUUUAAGUUUCGUUUCCAGCGGUCACUGAGAGUUCCCCUUCCCGCGGCCUUUCUACGAAGUCGAUUUAUUCUUUCCCGGAGCGAAGAGCGGCAGAUAUGGAAGAUCGGCGUAGAAGGACGACGGCGCCGCGCGCUAAGAAGCCGUCCGCGAAGCGCGCCCCGACGCAGCCCAGAGGGACCGGGGCCACCCAGUCCCAGGCGGGAAGCUGCGGCCCGCAAAGGGGAGCGCGAUCGCGGCGGGCGGAACCUGACGGCGACGCCACGGAGAAGCCACGCGCCCCAGCGCCACGAGCGCGGACGGGAAGGGCCACUGUGCGCACCAAGGAUGAUGCACAGCCCUCGGCCACGGACGGGGCAGGAGCCUCGGAGCAGCAAGCCAUCCUCCAUCCCGAGCCGCCCGGGGACCCCGAGGCGCCGAACGUCGUAAGGGGACCCAGCCACAGAAGGGGCGCGCGCUCAACCGGGCAGCUCAGAGCGCCGCGAGAGUCCAGGAAGGAGCCGGAUAAGCUUAAGAAGGUGCUGGACAAAUUAAGAUUGAAACGCAAAGAAAUCUCAGUGGCGGCCGAGACGGUGAAUAAGGUGGUGGAGCACCUGCUGCGCGGAAUGAAGAAAAGGGAGUCGGAGUUCAAAGGCGUGGAUCAGCUGAACACUGGCAGCUACUAUGAACACGUGAAGAUUUCUGCUCCUAAUGAAUUUGAUGUUAUGUUUAAACUGGAAGUCCCCAGAAUUGAGCUACAAGAAUAUUACGAAACUGGUGCUUUCUAUCUUGUGAAGUUCAAAAGAAUUCCACGAGGAAAUCCGCUGAGUCAUUUUUUAGAUGGGGAAGUAUUAUCAGCCACCAAGAUGCUGUCAAAGUUUAGGGAAAUCAUUAAAGAAGAAGUUAAAGAAAUCAAAGAUAUUGAUGUCAGUGUGGAGAAGAAAAAACCAGGAAGCCCCGCUGUAACCCUUCUCAUCAGGAACCCUGAAGAAAUAUCUGUGGAUAUAAUUCUGGCUUUGGAAUCAAAAGGCAGCUGGCCUAUUAGUACCAAAGAAGGACUACCUAUUCAAGGCUGGCUUGGCACAAAAGUGAGGACCAAUCUAAGACGAGAGCCGUUUUAUCUUGUACCCAAGAAUGCAAAAGAUGGAAAUGGUUUUCAAGGACAGACAUGGCGCCUUUCUUUCUCUCACACUGAGAAAUACAUUUUGAAUAAUCAUGGGAUAGAAAAAACAUGUUGUGAAUCUUCUGGAGCAAAAUGUUGCAGGAAAGAAUGUUUAAAAUUAAUGAAAUACCUUUUGGAACAGUUGAAAAAAGAGUUUAAAGAGCUGGAUGCAUUCUGUUCUUACCAUGUAAAAACUGCCAUCUUUCACAUGUGGACCCAGGACCCACAGGACAGUCAGUGGGACCCCAGGAACCUAAACUCCUGCUUUGAUAAGUUUUUGACAUUCUUUCUUGAGUGCCUCAGGACAGAGAAACUGAACCAUUAUUUUAUUCCAAAGUUCAAUCUAUUCUCUCAAGAACUAAUUGACCAAAAAAGUAAAGAGUUUCUGUCAAGGAAAAUUGAGUAUGAAAGAAACAAUGGAUUUCCAAUUUUUGACAAGCUUUGAAACUAUGUAUUUGUGUUAUAUGUUAUAAUGUGUUUCUAUGGGUGUUUCUAUCAGAGGUUGAUGUCAGAUGUCUUCUUCAAUCAUAUUCCACGUUUGGGUGUUAUGGGGAGAGUAGUGGUUUCAAGACAUGGUUUCUCUGUGUUGUUCUGUCUUGUAACUCCCUCUGUAGACCAGGUUGGUCUUGAACAAAGAGGUCUGCCUGCCUCUGCCACUGGAAUGCUGGGAUUAAAGGCCUGUGCCCCCACGAGGUGGCACACUUCACUUUUUUGAGAGAGGUUCUGUCUCUGAACGGGGAGCUCAUGGAGGUGUCCAGGCUGAUUAGCCAGUGAGCUCCUAGGAUCCAGCUGCCUCUGCUUCCCCAACCCUGGGAUGAUAGAUGGACAUCACCUAUACAGCUUUUACAUUGCUGCUAGAGGUCUGAACUCUAGUCCUCAAGCUGGCAAAGCAAGUACUCUAGUGGCUGAGCCAUCUUCCCAGCUUGAAAUUGCCUUUUGAAAUGAAAUUGGGUUAAAGUGCCUUAAGGCCAUUGUGGUGGUGUAUGCCUGUAGUUUCAGCAAUUGAGAAGUUUUCUUAGGGUUUUACUGCUGUGAGCAGUCACCAUGACCAAGGCAACUCCUAUAAGGGACAGCAUUUAAUUGGGGCUGGUUUACAGGCUCAGAGGUUCAGUCUGUUAUCAUCAUAGCAGGAAGCAGGAAGGCAUGGCACUGGAGAAGUAGCUGAGAGUUCUACAUCUUCAUCCAAAGGAAGCCAGGAACAGACUGGCUUCUGUUGUCACCCACAUGGCUAGGAGGAGGGCCUCAAAAGUCCACAUCUAUAGUGACACACCUACUCCAACAAGGCCACACCUAAUAGUGCCAUACUGUGGGCCAAGCAUAUUAAAACUACCACAGAAGUGGAGGCAGAAAAAUAGUCCAGUGCGAUCCUUGGCUAUAUUUUUAAUUCAAGGAUAGCCUGGGGUACACAAAACUUGCUUAAAACAAAGUACAAAGUGGCUAGAGAAGUGGUUCAAUGGUUAACAGCACUUACUGCUCUUUCAGAGGGCCUGGGUUGGUUCCCAGUAUCCAAUGGUAGGCACAACUGUAACUCCAGUUCCAGGGAAUCUAGUUUAACCACUACACACACACACUCUCACUCACACACACAUUAUACACUCACACUAAUUUUUUAAGAGCACAAAAAGAAAAUGACACUGUGAUCUGAUCCCAUAAUAUGAUAUGUGCGCUGGCACUUAUAAUCCUGCCAUUUAGAAGCUGAGGUAUUAGGAUUGCCAGGAAGUUCAGCCUGGCUACAGAAUACGAUCUUGUCUUAAACAAACAAACAAACAAACCCAAAAGCCAACAGCAGCCCCUAUGAGUCCUUAUGAGUUUGGCCUGGGUCUGCUCGCCUGACCUGUACAAACAGGUACAUUUUCUUUUUCUUUUUUUCCUCUUUGGAUGGUCAGAACCUAAGGAGGAUUUUUUGGUACGCUGCACCUCCUUACUCUUUCUCAUGAGUUUUCCCCCAUCUCCCUGACACACACACCAGAUGGCUGUUUGUCUAUCAAAUGGGUGAUGGUCUCCUUGAAUACAAUAUACGAACCCCCCAAAUGUGAUUAUAAUAAUUCAGAUGUUCACAACACUGACUAAAAUGAAUUAUUUAGUACUCAGUUUCUCCUAAUUCACUCACAUAUAGAGUAUAACAAAAAUGAAAUACUAAAGAUAAAAAUGAAGACCUUGACAUAUUAGAAAGAGACGACAAAUAUAAUCUUUCCCCAAUGAGAUGCAUUAAGAACUUAAUGAGUAUCACUUCUCACCUAGUAGAACUGCAGAAGGUUGUGAGAGAUCGUAUUAGGAAUGGUGAUUCAGACUUUGUCCAAACAAAAGAAAUACACUGCCUGCUUCUCUGACCAUGAGCUCUACCUCGGGGACUUUUAUUAUGUUUGCUUAAGAAUGUAAUUUAUUUUCAUUCUGUAUGUGUUUUUACAAAAGCAGUGGUACCUUACUCAGAGAGAUGGUGUGGGACAGAGGACGACUCUCCUCUGCAUCCAGGCAGCAUUCCCCCGGACAGCUGAUGCUCAUUAACUCUUUGAGUACUUUGUUGCCUGUGUUGUUGCAGGAGCCCUUUCCAGUGUUCUGGAGUUGUUCCCGGUGCAACAAAUCAUGCCUGCCACGUGUGUUGUCUUCACUUUUUCUGUAUCUUGCAAUAAAUAAGAUUUAAAUGUUUUAAUGUA